CCGGGCUCGCCGCACAUGACCGGGGCCGCGCGCGGCUCGCCUGCUAGGCCCCUCGAGGUGCUGGAGCCUGGGCGCUGUGCGCAGCAGGAACAGGGAGGCCGGGAGACAUGGCUAACCAUGGGCGCGGUAGGGUGUGAUUUUCCUGUGCGCGCCUGCGAGGCCAGGACCACGGCCGGCCUGUCUCGCAUCAAAACUAGGGAAAGUCCUUAGGAAUGGCUGCCGAGGAACUUCAGUGCAUAAUAAAAAGAUGUCAAAUCCUAGAAGAGCAUGAUUUCAAAGAAGAAGAUUUUGGCCUCUUUCAGCUGGCAGGCCAAAGAUGUAUUGAAGAUGGGCAUGCAAACCAGCUGCUAGAAAUUAUUCAAGACGAAAAGAACAAGACAGUCGUUAAGUCUAUGGGCUGGAAUCUUGUUGGUCCUGUCGUUCGCUGCCUCCUGAGGAGCGGGGAAGAAGAGCAGAGAAAGGCGUGUUUUCUGAUGUUUGAUUUGCUGGUGAAGUUAUGUAAUCCAAAGGAAUUGUUGUUGGGUUUGCUUGAACUAAUUGAAGAGCCCUCUGGAAAACAGAUAUCCCAAAUUAUCCUUCUUUUACUUCAGCCGUUACAGACAGUUAUUCAGAAACUUCCCAACAACAAGGCGUACUCGGUUGGCUUGGCCCUGUCUACCCUCUGGAGCCAGCUGUCCCUUCUUCCGGUUCCACACUCAGAAGAACAAAUACAGGCAGACGACUACGGCCUUUGUCAGUGCUGCACAGCCCUAACGGAGUUCACCAGACCUUUUGUGGAAGACGUAGCUAAUAACAAAGAGAAUGAGAAGCUGAAACACGAGUUACUGAAGUUCUGUUUCAAAAGCUUGAAAUGCCCUUUGCUGACAGCACAAUUCCUUGAACAGUCUGAAGAAGUUGGAAAUGACCCUUUCCGAUGUUUUGCAUCUGAAGUAAUAGGAUUUUUAUCACAAAUUGGACAUCCUGUCCCCCAAAUUAUUCUAAAUCAUGGAAGAAAAAAAAAGACUUGGGAUUGCCUUGAACUCGAGGAAGAAGAAGACAGACAACUGGCAGAGUCUCUGGCGUCCCUGGCAUAUCUGGUAUUUGUUCAGGGCAUCAGUAUUGAUCGGCUUCCCCUGGUCCUAAGCCCAUCAUACCUUCUGCAGCUGAACAUGGAACACACUGAAGUGCUUCUGCAACGAACAGAACAGUCUGUUUUUUCCAAAGGAUUGGAACUUCUGGAGACCAGCUUAUUGAGAUUAGAGAACAACAGCCUGCUCUAUCAGUACUUAGAAAUCAAGAGUUUUCUCGCUGUCCCUCAGGGCCUAGUCAAAGUGAUGACACUUUGCCCCAUUGAGGCAUUGAGGAAAAAAGGUUUAGCUUUGCUUCAGCUCUUUAUCGACAAGUUGGAUUCACAAGGCAAAUACACAUUAUUUAGGUGCUUAUUAAAUACAAGUAAUCACUCGGGUGUGGAAGCCUUUGUAAUUCAAAAUAUCAAAAAUCAAAUUGAUACCUCAUUUAAGAAAACAUACAACAGAUGGUUUGCAGGCGCACAGCUGACCUCUCUGUUAGACUUGGUCCUGUCUCUCCCUGAGGGUGCUGAGACAGACUUACUGCAGAACUCCGACAGGAUUAUGGCUUCAUUAAAUUUAUUGCGGUAUUUGGUUAUCAAAGAUAAUGAAAUCGACAAUCAAACUGGACUAUGGACAGAGCUCGGGAAGAUUGAAAACAACUUCCUGAAGCCGCUUCAUCUAGGACUUAAUAUGUCAAAAGCACAUUACGAAGCAGAGAUUAAGAACAACCAACAAAACAGCCAAGUAGCCUCCACGUGUAAAGGGGUUUGUUCUGUGACUGUAGGUGGAGAAGAAAUCCCUACCAUGCCUCCUGAAAUGCAGCUUAAGGUCUUACAUUCAGCUCUUUUCACAUUUGAUUUGAUGGAAAGUGUCCUGGCUCGAGUGGAAGAACUCAUUGAAAUCAAAACCAAGUCUCCCUCUGAAGAAGGUGCUGGACAGCUCAGUUCUGUUUCAUAAAUAAAAGUCAAUAAAAUGCUGUUUUCCAGUA